CAGGUCACAUGACCACUGAAGUCUCGCGUGAUAAUGAAAUUAUCACGGGUUCUGUUUUUUUCGGGGACAACUCAAAACAUAUAAAUAUGAUGUCUUAACAACCGCUCUUCACUAGUGAAGGUGGAACUAAAGACAUCAGAUAUAAAAAAUGAUCCGUGCAGCAGUAUUCGCAUGCCUUUUGGCAACAUCGUUAGCGCUCAACAGUUUCCUUGACAACGAAUGGGAGUCAUACAAAACCACCUACGGUAAACAGUAUGAGCCUCAUGUUGAGGGACUCAGACGUGCUAUCUGGGAAAGCAACAUUCAGUAUGUAGAAAGACAUAAUCUCGAGGCCGACAGAGGACUUCAUACUUACAGACUUGGAAUGAACGAAUACGGUGACAUGACAAAUAAAGAAUUUGUAGGUAUGAUGAACGGCUACAAGCAAAACGUUAGCCGAUCAGUCUGCAGUAAAUUCACACCACCAUUGAAUGUUAAUCUUGGAGAUCUUCCCGACAGUGUUGAUUGGAGGCCAAAGGGAUACGUCACUGAAAUUAAAAAUCAGGGACAAUGUGGAUCAUGUUGGUCAUUCUCCACCACUGGCUCCCUCGAGGGACAAAACUUCAAGAAGACUGGCAAAUUGGUGUCACUCUCCGAGAAGAAUCUCAUGGACUGCUCCAAACCAGAAGGAAAUAUGGGAUGUGAAGGGGGCCUUAUGGAUCAAGCUUUUGCAUACGUUAUCAAAAAUAAGGGAAUUGACACAGAGGAAUCUUACCCAUACAAGCCAAAGAACGGCCGAUGUGAGUUCAAAGAAUCAAACAUUGGUGCCACAGAGGUUAGCUGUAUGGAUAUCGACAUGGGAUCAGAAAGUGAUUUACAAGCCGCUGUAGCAACAGUAGGACCAAUAUCUGUAGCCAUUGAUGCUAGCCAUCCAUCUUUCCAAAUGUACAGAUCUGGUGUCUAUAAUGAGAGAAGAUGUUCAUCAAAGAAACUUGACCAUGGUGUUUUAGCUGUCGGUUAUGGUACCGAAGACUCUAAAGAUUACUGGCUUGUGAAAAACAGCUGGGGAGAGAGCUGGGGACAAAAGGGAUACAUUAUGAUGACAAGAAACAAGGAAAACCAAUGUGGAAUUGCUACAUCAGCUAGCUUCCCUACCAUGUAAUCCGAUUUGGUGGAAAGAUCUGCUUUGUAUAAUUCAAACAAGACGAUUAUUUGAUUAUUAUUCUAUUACGUCCAUAGAUAUUGCUUAAAAAUGUCCAUUGUGAACACAUUUUUUACCGUGUGCGUACUGAAAUGAUAUAUAAAAUGUGUCUUGUGUGAUGAUAUGUACACUUGGACUUGUUUUAAUUUUUGUAAUGUAAAUUUGUAAGUUGUUUUGUAUGAAAUAAAAACAUAAAA